AUGGUAUCACAGGAAACAAUCAAUCACGUUAAGGACCUUAUAAACGAAAAGGACGUCUUUGUCGCAUCAAAGAGCUAUUGCCCUUAUUCAAAAGCUGCUUUGAACACACUUUUCACAGAGUUGAAUGUACCAACUUCAAAGGCUCUUGUUCUGCAAGUAAAUCAAUUGCCAGAGGGAUCAGACAUUCAAGAUGCUCUUUUAGAACUCACUGGACAAAGAACAGUCCCAAACAUUUACAUUAAGGGUAAGCAUAUCGGUGGAAACGAUGACUUACAAAUUCUGAAACAAAGUGGUAAGUUAGAGAAAUUAUUGGAAGGUAUCUUAGAAUAA